AUGACUCCUUCAAUACUGCCGUCUAAAAAAAGUACGGCAAAAAAGCACGUAAUCGCAAUGGAUGUUGGAACAACUACAAUGCGAGCGUGUUUGUUUGACGGAAAGUGUCAGUUGGUCGCUGUUGCCGAAGAGCCGAUCAAACUUGAGUUCAGUGGCUCUGAUGCAGAAGGUGUUAGGGCGGAAAUUGAUCCCGACCUUUUGUGGGACCAGUUUUGUUCUGUCCUACGAGGAGUUAUUGACGUUGUUAAAGACAUCAGCUCCAUCUGCUCCCUCGGUAUCAGCUGUCAAAGGAACACUUUUAUUUGUUGGAACAAGCAAAGUGGUUUACCUUGUCAUAAGUUUGUUACUUGGAAAGACUGCAGAGCUCGCGAUGAAUGCAAACGUUGGAAUAACUCACUUACUUUAAAGGCUUUAAAUACCUUUGGCGGCUUGUUGUAUUUUCUUACGCGGCAGUCCCGUUUCAAAAGUGCUCGAAUGUUCGCUUUCCUGAGCGCCAUGGUUACGCACCGUCUUAUGGUCACAAUUUCGCAGAGUCCAGAACUCCAGCUGCUGAUGAAACAAGGGAAUCUUAUGUUUGGCUGCUUAGAUACCUGGCUAAUCCACAAACUGACUGGUGGUCGUGUUCACAUAACUGAGCCAUCGAAUGCUAGCAUGGACUGGGGUCGCACGCUUUUAUCAAUAAUAUCGUUUCCAACUUCUCUACUUCCUAAACAUACUUUUACUGCUGGUCGCCCUCUAGCUUCAGUUGAUAGUCACUUAUUUGGAAUUAAUGUUGAAAUUGGAGCUGUGGCUGGUGAUCAACAAGCUGCAUUAUUUGCUACAGGAGGAUGGAAUAAAGGCGAUGUAAACAUAUCCUUAGGGACGGGAUCAUUUAUGGACGUAAACACUGGAACUUGUCCACAUGCUUCCAUGAGAGGGUUGUAUCCUUUGGUUGCCUGGAGAUUUCCUACUAUAUAUUGCUAUACAGCGGAAGGAUGUGCUCAUGACACUGCUCUCAUUUUAAAGUGGGCAGAAUCCAUCGGACUUUUUGUGGACGUAACGGACACCUCAAGUAUGGCUAAGCGAGCAAAACCAUCUGAUCUCUGCUUUGUUCCUGCUUUUGGAGGAAUCCAAACACCUAUAAAUGAUUACUCUGCGUGCUGCGCCUUUUUGGGUAUAAGACCGGAUACGACUAAGGAGCAAAUGGUACGGUCAAUCCUUGAAUCAAUUGCAUUCCGAGUGUAUCAAAUUUGGGACACUGUGCGGAAAGAAGUCGGAUUUAAGCUUUCCCAUAUUGUUAGGUGUUGUGGAGGUGUUUCCGCAAAUGAUUUUGUUUGUGAGACGGUAAGCACGUUAAUAAAUCGUCCGCUUCAGAGGAUAAGAGAACAGAAUUUCGCUUCUGCAAGGGGCAUAGCAAUGAUGGCUGGUCUUACAGCAGGACUAUGGAAUCUCGAAAAUUUACCAGAAAUGGUUUGUGUCGAAAAAACUUUUGACCCUAUCGCCUCCCAACGCGACAUCCUUUUGGAAAGGUUUCGGAAGUGGGAAGCGCAUCUUAAAAGAUGUUUGCAUUUUUAUGACUGA